AUGCUGCGCAGUAUUGUGGAGUAUUAUGCAGAACAUGAACAGUAUAGAUGUGGAUACUGUAAGAGCCCUGAUACCAAUUAUAGUCAUGGUAUGUGGGCUCAUGCCAUGACUGUAAGCGAUUAUCAAGAUUUAAUUGAUAGAGGAUGGAGGCGGUCAGGAAAAUAUUGUUAUAAACCUACAAUGGAUGUUACUUGUUGCCCCAUGUAUACUAUACGAUGCAGAGCGUUAGAGUUCAAACUGAGUAAAUCUCAAAAGAAAGUGAUGAAGCGUGUGAACAAGAUACUGGCUAGUCAAGAUGCCUCUGCAUCAGCCGGUGAUGGUAACAGGAAGAUGUCUACCUGCAGCAGUGGUAGUGAAGUACUGGCUGAAGGGUUCGAGGAAGGAGGUGAACAGUUCAUUGAAACUAUGAGAGACCAUCAAGAUUUGAACUUUGACAUUAUAAAGAACAGUGAACUUUUAGACUGCAGUGCUGGAGAACAAGCUGGAGAUAGUAUCACCCAGAAGGACUUGGCAAAGAAAAAUGAACCUAAACCGCAUUCUUCACAGGAGAAAGUGGUCAAGAAAGAAUUGCAGGAACAGGAACCUAUUGCUAAUAAACCGUUACGUAAGAAGGCGAAGCAGUAUAGGCGAGAGAGGCGAUUAGAAAAACUUAAAGAGAAGGGCAUUAACGAGCUCCCUCCAUCCACGCCGAGGUUCAAAGAGAAACAGCUCGAGGACUUUUUGAACGAAUUACCCGAUGAUGUCAAACAUAAGCUAGAGAUAAAGUUGGUAAGAACAGCACCUCCUAGCCCUGAAUGGCUGGCGACGUCGAAGCAGUCUCACGAAGUGUAUGUCAAGUAUCAAACGACGAUACAUGAUGACAAACCUGAUAAAUGCACUGAACCAAAGUUUCAUGACUUUUUAGUCCACAGUCCUUUGUUGGAAGAACAUACCGAGGAUGGUCCGGAGAGUGGGUACGGGUCGUUCCACCAGCAGUACUGGUUGGAUGGCAAGAUCAUCGCCGUCGGAGUCAUAGACAUACUGCCCAAGUGCGUGUCUUCUGUUUACUUCUUCUACGACCCGCAGUAUAUGCACAUGACUUUAGGAACUUAUGGAGCGCUGAGGGAGAUCGAGUUCACUAAGCAAUUGCACUCUGUGUGCCCAAAAAUCGAGUAUUACUACAUGGGAUACUACAUACACACCUGCCGUAAGAUGCGGUAUAAAGGAAACUUCUUCCCAUCAGACUUGUUGUGCCCAGAGACCUAUAAGUGGUUCCCAUUGGGAGACUGUAUUCCUAAGCUAGAAGUGUCGCCAUACUCAAGACUCAACCCUGACGUGGACGGCACGGAUGACAACUAUCCUGAAGAAAGCGACAUAAAUUAUAUCCCUAUGUGGGUGAACGGAGUCAUAAUGUUAUACAGACAUUACAAGAGGCACACAAAUGCCAAAGACACUGAAGAUCUCAUAGAAUACACACGUCUGGUCGGCACCAAAUCAUUAAAGAGUUUAAUUUUAGUACGAUAG